AUGACUUAUGCGCCUCAAAACCCUGUCGACGUGCCCCCCUUUCAACUACAAAGACUGGUCCAGGAGGUGCUUGAACCUAGCGUAUCUGGGAGGGCUCAAGUUCGCUGUGCUCAGGCGCUAGGAUCUGAGAUAUACGUCGGUUGCUCGGAUGGCGGGCUCCUUCGAUAUGCACUUCAAGCCGACGACCCAACCAAGCUCGAGUCAUACACGAUCCUGUCCCGACAAUCCGUCCCAGGAGAGAAGCCCGUGGACGAGAUCGUCCUCAUCCCAAGUCUGUCGCGGGCAUUGGUGUUAUCCGACCACCAAAUCCAUUUCUACACAAUCCCCUCGCUCGACCCGUACCCAAUCAAGCCGAUACGACAUGCUAUCACGUUUGCAGUCGACGACCAUCACUUGAAGCGGCCGUCACCGUCUUCUGCCCCUCCUGGAGUAUCAAUCCCAAUCGACCCGGUGGAUUUUUGCGUCAUUAAAAGGAAUAGCAUCGCGAUGUAUGUGUUGAAGGACCGGCUAAUCUAUCAGAAAGAAAUCCCACUGCCUCAAGGUGCCUCUCUCGCCCGACGAGCAGGCCGCUCGCUGUGCAUCUGUGACAAGACAUAUUAUAGCAUGGUCGACUUGGAAGAUGCCUCAAUGUUUCAGCUCCUUCCUCUAUCACAGGCGUUCGAUCCGACGCCCUUCGUUGUCAAGCCCUCGAUUACGGUCAUCAGUCCAAACGAGUUCCUCAUCUUGUCGUGGACGGGCGCGAGCACCCUUGGCUUGUUCAUCACGGGGGCCGGAGAUCCAGUUAGAGGCACGUUGGAGUGGCCAAGCCAUCCAGAGGCAGUUUGUUUGGAUUACCCUUACAUCACCUCUCUCCUCCCCAACAACACCAUAGAGAUCCACAGCGUCGAGACACAGUCCAUCGUCCAAGUCAUCGGUGCCCCUCUCUCAUCUACGUCGUCAUCCAAGGCCUCUUCCCCAGUAAAGCCCUCGACGCACUCUCGGGGCGCCUCUUCCGGGUCAAGAUCUAUCGAUCUGGACACAGCUCGCCGGACGAACCUCGUCUCCAGCGUCAGCGGUUACCUCGUGCCCUCCACACAAAGGUCGGAUAAGAUGCGGCCUGUCUCUGUCAAGUUAAUCCGGACUUAG